CCUAUAAGGGCGGGGUGUCUGUGCUCUCUGGCUUUAGGGCCUCCAAAGAACGUGGAGGGGAGUGAUCUGAAGUGGACUGAGAGCACUGUAAGAUUAGGAGCCCUGAGCCUCAGCUCAGACCCUGAUUCCUGUGAAUUUCACUUAGAUACCAACCAUGUUCGCUGCUGCUGGCUCCCUGGUGGCCGCCAUCUGGGCAGCGCUCCAUCUCCGGACUCUCUUGCUGGCUGUUGUCACCUUUCUGUUCCUGGCUGACUACUUCAAAAGCCGGCGCCCCAAGAACUACCCGCCCGGUCCGCAACGCCUGCCCUUCAUAGGCAACAUACUGCAGUUGGACACGGAAAAGCCGCACCUGGGGAUCCAGCAGCUUGUGAAGAAGUAUGGGGAUGUUAUGAGUCUGGAUUUUGGGAUCAUGUCUUCAGUGAUUGUAAGCAGUCUGCCUUUAAUCAAAGAAGCCUUUACUCAACUGGAAGAAAACUUUAUGAGUCGCCCUAAAUUUCCUAUGCAAAGACAUGUCUUUAACGAAAAUGGACUGAUCUUCUCCAGUGGGCAGACAUGGAAGGAGCAAAGAAGGUUCGCUCUGAUGACUCUGAGGAACUUUGGGUUGGGAAAGAAGAGCUUAGAGCAGCGCAUGCAGGAGGAAGCUCAGCACCUUGUAGGGGUCAUAAAAGAGGAGGAAGGACAGCCUUUCAACCCUCACUUCAAGAUCAACAAUGCUGUUUCCAAUAUCAUUUGCUCCAUCACCUUUGGGGAGCGUUUUGAGUACAAUGACAGUCAGUUUCAGGAGCUGCUGAGGUUACUGGAUAAGGCUGCGAUUUUGACUUCCUCAAAGAUGGUCCGGCUCUAUAACAUCUUCCCGUGGAUAAUGAAACAUCUUCCUGGAUCACACCAAACAACACUGGCUACCUGGAGACAACUGAAAUCAUAUAUUUCUGAUAUAGUUGAAAAUCACCGCAGAGACUGGAACCCUGAUGAGCCAAGAGACUUCAUUGAUGCUUUUCUCACGGAAAUGACAAAGCACCCUGACAAAACUAUUACAAGUUUCAAUGAAGAAAGCCUCAUCUGCAGCACUCUGGACCUCUUCCUUGCUGGAACAGAGACAACAUCCACGACCCUGCGCUGGGCUCUGCUCUACAUGGCUCUCUACCCAGAAGUCCAAAAAAAAGUUCAGGCUGAAAUUGACAAAGUGAUUGGCCCGAAGAAGCAGCCCAGCCUGAAUGACCGAGACUCCAUGCCCUACACCAAUGCUGUUGUCCAUGAAGUACAGAGGAUGGGAAAUAUCAUCCCUCUAAAUGUUCCCAGGGAAGUGACAGUUGACACCACGCUGGCUGGAUUUCAUCUUCCGAAGGGCUCCAUACUUCAUACCAAUUUGACUGCACUGCACAUGGACCCCAACGAAUGGGCCACCCCAGAUAUCUUCAAUCCGGAGCACUUUUUGGAGAAUGGAGAGUUUAAGAAGAGAGAAUCUUUUUUUCCUUUCUCAAUGGGAAAGCGAGCUUGCCUCGGAGAACAAUUGGCCAGGUCUGAGCUCUUUAUUUUCUUCACUGCUCUUGUGCAAAAUUUUACUUUCAAGCCACCAGUCAAUGAGAAGCUGAGCCUGAAGUCUAGAUUUGGCAUCACCGUUUCCCCAGCCAGCCACCAUCUCUGUGCUGUCCCUAGACUGUGAAGUCAGAGACAGAAAGAGAAAGGAGAACAGGAACUACCUAGCAAUCCUCUGAGCCACUGGGGAUGCUCAUAUGUGAAGGGAGAGAAGGAAGGUAAACAGGAAAGGAUGGGAAGAUUAGGCUACGGUUAUUGGAUCAAUGUCCUGAACUGCUGUGUCCUGUAAAUUGGUGGUGGAUAUGUCACUUAUAUAUCUUUUCAUCUAAGAGUUGCAAAGAGAAUGAUAGUUCCUCCUGUAAAGAAAGUGUUGUAAAUAUGAAAGGUGGGAUAGAGACUGCAUGGAAAUCAUUAAAGUCAUAUCAUAAAUUGUA